AUGCCACCAAAGAAUAAGAAGCAAAAGGAGGUGGUUGAUGAGAGGUUUCAGGCCAUUGUGCUCACUGAUUCAUUUCAAACCAGGUUUAUGCCGUUAACGUCGGCGAAACCAAGGUGUUUAUUGCCAUUAGCUAAUGUUCCAUUAAUUGAAUAUACUUUAGAAUUUUUAGCCAAAGCAGGAGUUAAUGAGGUGUAUCUCAUGUGCUCGAGUCAUGCUGACCAGAUCCAAGAAUAUAUUGAAAAUUCUAAAUGGACAUCGAAAAAUUCAACUUUUUCAAUUAAAACAAUCAUGUCAUUGGAAUCUAGAUCAGUUGGUGAUGCCAUGAGAGAUUUAGAUAACAGAGGGUUAAUCACUGGUGAUUUCUUAUUAGUUUCUGGUGAUGUUGUUACUAAUAUCGAUUUUUCAAAAGUCAUGAAUGCCCAUAAACAAAGAAAAACCAUUGAUAAAGAUCAUAUAGUUACUAUGGUAUUAACACCCGCAAGCCCGUUACAUAGAACAAGAAGUCGUGUUGAACCUGCUGCUUUUAUAUUGGAUAAAAAUACCAAUAGAUGUUUAUAUUAUCAACAACUACCACCAGCAGAUGGUAAAAAAACAUCAAUUAAUAUCGAUCCAGAAUUAUUAGAAGAUGUUGAAGACGAAUUUGUAAUUAGAAAUGACUUGAUUGACUGUCAUGUUGAUAUUUGCUCACCUCAUGUACCACAAAUAUUCCAAGAGAAUUUCGAUUACCAAUAUUUAAGAAAUGAUUUUGUUAAGGGAGUUUUAACAUCUGAUUUAUUGAAAAAAACCAUUUACGCUUAUAUCACCGAUGGGUCGGAAUAUGCAGCUAGAGUUGAAAGUUGGGCAACCUAUAAUGCAGUUUCUCAAGACAUUUUGGCGAGAUGGUGUUAUCCUUUAGUUCCUGAUUCAAAUUUAUCAGAAAAUAAUUCUUAUACUUAUGAGUUUAAUCAUAUUUAUAAAGAAGAUAAAAUCAUCUUAGCUCAAUCUUGUAAGAUUGGUAAUUGUACUUCAAUUGGUACCAGUACUAUUGUUGGUGAUGCCACCUCAAUAGAUAAAUCAGUAAUUGGUAAAAAUUGUAAAAUUGGUUCAAAUGUCACUAUUAAUAAUUCAUAUAUUUGGGAUAAUGCUAUAAUUGAAGACAAUGCCAUAAUUACAAAAUCUAUUGUUGCUUUUGAUGCUAAAAUCAAGAAAAAUUCAAUCAUUGGUGAUGGUUCCGUUAUUGGAUUCAAUGUUGUGAUUGGUGAAAAUCAACAAGUUCCUCAUAAUUAUAGAAUUAUCGAUGUACCAAUUAAAAAAAUUGAUGAUGAUUUUGACUCGUCCUCAUUUGAUUCAGAUUCUAAUGAUGUUUCCGAAACUAAUAUAGCAUCGAAUGAACCAACUCAUAUAAAUGAUACCGAUAUCGUGGGUGACGACGGGGUUGGUUCCUUGUAUAUCUCUGAAAGAGAAUUAGAUGACGAGAGUGAAACUGAAUCAAUUAUGAGUGGUAGCAUUAAUCAACAUUCAGGUAUGAUUUACCAAAUGAAUAAUUUAGCAUUGAGUGAUGAUUCAAUUGCAUCGAUAUCCAAUCGUAAAUCGAAAAGACACUCUCGUCAUAGUUCUAAAGGAAGAAGGUUGUCGACAACUUCUGCAUUAUCAACAGAUUUUGAAAAUGGAAUGUCUGAUGAAGAAGAGGAUGAACACUUUGAUAAAGAAGCUUAUGCUACCGUUGAAAGAGCCAUCGAUAAUAAUCAUGAUUUAGAUACUGCUGCAUUAGAAUUGAAUACUUUGAAAAUGUCCAUGAACGUUGGUUAUCAUGAAGUAAGAUUGGCUACUUUACAAGCAAUGAUUGCUAAAAUCAAACAAUAUGUUUCUACUGAAACUUUAAACGCAAAAGAUGCUACUAAUAAAUUAUUUACUUCCUGGGGUCCUCUUUUCCAAAGACAAGCCUUUGACGACCAAGAAAGAAUCGACUUAUUACAAUUAUUACAACAAGAGUGUACCACUUUACCAGCAGAAUACAAUCAAAUCGUCUUAUUCGUUGCAGUGAAAGUCCUAUACGACUUGGACUUGGUCCCAGAAGAAAAUAUCUUAGAAUGGUGGAACUCGGCUGCUUCAAAUGCAUCAACCGAUUUACAACUGGUGAAAAAAUUAACUGAGAAUUUCAUCGUUUGGCUACAAGAUGCUGAAGAAGAAAGCGAAGAGGAAAGUGACGAGGAUUCUGAUUAA